AUGGGAAAGCUGAUCUCCAAAGGCCCACGCAAAAGAGAUGCUCGAGUUGUCAUGCUGGGGCUCGACUUUGCUGGCAAAUCCACCCUUCUGUACAAACUGAAGAGGGGCCGGGCUGUGGAGACCUGCCCGACGGUGGGCUUCAACGUGGAGUCUCUGCAAACACCCUGUCGCGUAUCCUUCACCCUCUGGGACGUUGGUGGACAAGGCAGCCUGCGGGCAAGCUGGCCUGCCUACCUGGAGGACACCAGCACUCUCAUCUUUGUGCUUGACAGCACAGACACAGCCCGGCUGCCCGAAGCGACCGCAGCACUGGAGGAAGCCCUGAGCCAUCCCAGCAUGGCUGGCGUCCCCGUCCUCCUUCUGGCCAACAAGCAGGAGGUGGCAGGAGCACUGACUCCGUCCGAGCUGGGGGAGAGGCUGCAGAAGCUGGCGAGACACCGCUGGGUGCUUCGAGGGUGCAGUGCCCACACUGGCCAGGGCCUGCAGGAAGCCCUGGCCAUCCUGGGAGAGCUGCUGCGAGGUCUGGAGCAGAGCUCCCCAUCCCAAGAGCAGCCCCUCGCAGGACUGGUGGGGAGGAGGCAAGGUCCAGAGCAAACCUGA